UGGCCAACCCAAUAAAUAGGUCAUUUUUCAUUAUUGUUAUUUAUACAUUUGUAAAAAUAUUUCUGCGUCGUGUAACCCUAUUAUUAAUACUUCUUGUAGAUAAUAAUUACAAACUGUCGAAAUAUGAAUUAUCCACGGGGAGGUUUCUGCCGGGGACAGACCUAACGGAACAGAGGAUAACAGAAGGGGGUUGCGAUGCGUGCACAUCGUCCUGUCUCUGCAUCGUGGGCGGGAAUGGACGCAGUUCGCCCAGUCGCCUUGGUACAGGUACCUCCAUUGAUCGAAUCGGGGGAGGCAGCGACCGCCCGUUACGGUAAACCAGCAUGCAGGAGAGAGGGGCUCAACACGAAAGCCGAAGAUCCAAGAGAGGCUCGCGAGCGAACAAAACCAUCGAGGACUUGCCAUCGGCUACAUCGUUGUCAGUGGAAGUAUCUGCCUGGCCGAUCAAUAAUCUCCUGGGAAUAUCCGUUCCCCUAUCGGGCCUGCCGCGUUACCCAGGUGGCCAGCUACCCCGUUGACGGUGGUGGUAACAGCAGCACAGCACCCAGCGCUAGUAUCAGCGACCAGCAGCGCAGCCAGCACCUGCCGCCUUCCCCGUGUCAGGUUUGCACGGUGUCCAUUCGUUUCAGUUCCCCCGAAUUCACACUCGACUCCAAACGCAUCUAUGACAAUAGUCUUCGUCGUAAGUAUCGGCCUAUCCAGACAUCCAUUAACGCUCACGCUUGCGUCACCGGCAAGCCGAUCAACCAGGGCGGUAUUCACGGUCGCAUUUCCGCGACAGGGCGUGGAGUGUUUCACGGAUUGGAGAACUUCAUCAAUGAGGCCAAUUACAUGAGCAUGAUCGGUACAACACCUGGCUGGGGAGGCAAGACGUUUAUUGUCCAAGGUUUUGGUAACGUAGGCCUGCACUCGAUGCGCUACUUACACCGGGCGGGUGCUGCUUGCAUAGGCGUGAUUGAGCACGACGGCUCCAUUUACAAUUCAGAGGGCAUCGACCCGAAGGAAUUGGAAGAGUAUCGCAUAGAGAACGGCACCAUCGUUGGUUUUCCGGGCGCCAAACCGUACGAAGGCGAGAAUCUCAUGUACGAGCCGUGCGAUAUAUUUAUACCGGCCGCUAUAGAGAAAGUAAUUAACAAAGACAACGCAGGACGUAUCCAGGCGAAAAUUAUCGCGGAGGCUGCUAAUGGACCGACCACCCCCGCAGCGGAUAAAAUCCUGAUCGACAGGAACAUUCUCGUAAUCCCGGACCUGUACAUUAACGCCGGUGGUGUCACAGUCUCGUUCUUCGAGUGGUUAAAAAACCUGAACCAUGUGUCGUACGGCCGCUUGACCUUCAAGUACGAAAGGGAGUCCAAUUAUCAUCUUUUAGAAUCGGUACAGGAGUCUCUGGAACGUAGGUUCGGUCGCGUUGGUGGCCGCAUACCCGUCACACCGUCCGAGGCCUUCCAGAAACGUAUAUCUGGCGCUUCCGAAAAGGACAUCGUUCAUUCUGGUCUAGAUUACACGAUGGAGAGAUCAGCUAGGGCUAUCAUGAAAACUGCCAUGAGAUUUAAUCUCGGACUCGACCUGAGGACAGCCGCGUACGCCAACUCGAUUGAGAAGAUAUUCACUACUUACUCCGAGGCUGGUCUCGCUUUCUAAAUUAUUUUAGUCGCAAGAUUAUAUUCUACGAAUUACGAUAAAAGACGAAGUCAGUUUUUACGAUUUUACGCGAGCAAGCAAGGAGCGACUCCGUGCAUCAUCCAGCGCAUAUUUAGAACUAUACCUGACGACCGUACCAAAUCUCGCAAGUGAGCAGAAAGAUUACGCGACGUCGCGGAGGUGUGUUCCAGUGUUGUCUUACUUCUCAGAUUCUAUUUACCGUAACAAUUUCUGCCUAGUUAUGUAUAGAAAAAGUCACGUAAAGCGGAUGUCACGAAACUGUCGAGUCGAGUUCGAACGCUACGAGACACCCAAACAUCCAGGAAGAAACGAGACACCGAUCUGCUCCUGCAUAAGAUCGAUAUUACGACCGGGCCAGUGCAUUUUGAUAUUUCACUUUUUAUGCAUACGAUACGGAAGAUCGACGGGAUAUCGUGACACAGAGUCAUCCUCGAGGACCUUCUGGGCGACCAGAAUUUUUGCAUCGCACGCAAUCUGUCAUUUUUCUGCAACUACGUAUGAUUCUAAUGAUAUUGCUGAUGCCGCGUUGACAAGAAGGAAAACAUUUCGCAAUCUUAUCGUUCGCGAUAAAGAGCUCGGCUCGUCGCAAAACGUUGAUAACGCGCGCGUCUGGGCUGGACGGAUACGCGAGCCAACGUUGCGGGAGCGUUGCGUAGGCGCGGGAAGAAGGCUCGUUAAUAAAGACAUACUCCUGAUACUUUCGAACCGGAAAGUGCACACUUUUAUUUCAUAGAUAUUACCGAUUUUAUUUUAGAGACUCGUAGAUUUUAAUCUGUUGUUCUGUAACACGAUCGUGUGCUACGCAAGUAAUGAAAGUGAUAUUUGAUACAUCAGAUGCAUUUUAAUAGGUGCCAUCGCAGCAAUAUACAGUACUUAUCGAUUAUACCUCUAAAAACCGUAAGAAUAAACGAAUCGAUACGUUAUGAGCAGUGUUGUCUCGU